AUGAACGACCCCGAACCGCAGUCCCUGCCGCAAACCACCCAUGCAUCCUCCGCCGUGACCCCUACCGCUCUUCCGUCCGACUUGGAUGCCAAUCGCAACCCCAUCUAUCCUGACCUGCUAGGCGCUCCCCCGAUUCCACCGCCGAGGACUUCAUCUACCCAACGAAGUCACCACGGCUCGAGCUCGAAAGCGACGGCCUCCUCCAGCGAAAGAGCAUCAAGUUCGCGCCAUGGAAAGAACAAAGCUGAGGAUCGGAGCGCGAUGCAGUCUGACAGGGAGGUCGAGGACUUGUCGGGGAUGACAGGCGCCCGUGGUCAGCCUGUGUUAUCAUCCGCGGUCGAUGCACACUCGGACGAAUUGCCCGAUCCGUUCCCCGACCAGGCAACAUUAGCUAAGGAGUCCAGUACCGUGCUCAAUCAAUUGCUGGUGAGCGACCCGGCCGUGGAUAUCGAGCGCGAACAGGUACGGCAGGGAGGCGCGUCGAUAUCGCCAUCGACCGAGGCUGCGCCUACGUCCGGGUUGAGUCUGGUGGGAAGCGAUGGGGUGGAUGAUGGAGGUCGCGGUGGGCUUCGCAGUCGCCACGACUACAACGAGAACGCAGCAAAGCGCAAGGAGACGACAUUUGGGCAGUACAUUCUGGGUCAGACUCUGGGGGAGGGUGAGUUUGGAAAAGUCAAAUUGGGCUGGAAGAGAGACGGGACCAUCCAGGUUGCGAUUAAGCUCAUCCGGAGGGAAUCUCUGGGGUCAAACCCCAGUCGGCUGCCCAAGAUUUAUCGCGAGAUCUCAAUUCUGCGCGACCUUGCCCACCCGAAUAUCGUCCGGCUCCACGAGAUGGUCGAAACUGAUCGCCAUAUCGGUAUUAUCAUGGAGUAUGCUUCUGGAGGCGAGCUAUUCGACCACAUCUUGAACAACCGAUACCUCAAGGAUAAUGCAGCCCGUCGCCUCUUCGCGCAAUUGGUCUCCGGUGUCGGCUAUUUGCACAAAAAGGGAAUUGUACAUCGUGAUUUGAAGCUGGAGAACCUGUUGCUCGACCGCAAUCGAAACAUCAUCAUCACCGACUUCGGGUUCGCCAACACUUUUGAUCCUGCCGAUGAGCUUGGCGAGGAGAUCGAGUACAACCUGGCCAACAAAGAUUUCGUGAAGAGGAUGCGCUUGGACAAGCCGAACGCAAAAGGCCUUCGACGAGGUGAUUUGAUGCAGACUAGCUGCGGCAGUCCUUGCUACGCGGCUCCGGAGCUGGUAGUCAGUGACUCGCUUUAUACUGGGCGCAAGGUCGACGUUUGGAGCUGCGGUGUGAUCUUGUAUGCCAUGCUGGCCGGCUACCUGCCGUUCGACGACGACCCGGCGAAUCCGGACGGUGACAACAUCAACUUACUUUACAAAUACAUAGUUACAACUCCUUUGACGUUCCCUGAAUAUGUGACCCCCCACGCACGCGAUUUGCUGAGGAGGAUUUUGGUGCCUGAUCCGCGGAAACGAGCCGAUCUUUUUGAGGUUGCCCGCCAUAGCUGGCUAAGCGAGUACUCACAUGUUGUGUCACACAUCACCAGCAGCACAACCAAGGUCGCCGACAUCGCCACCACUACGGUACCCUCAGCCGAGCCCCACAAGGAAGUCCCGUUACUGGCACGGAGUGCAUCUGUCAGAGAGCCACCCAAAGCAUACCAAAAUACAGCCCCGCCUGUGGGAGGAUUGAUUCAUCAUGCCGGAGACGUCUCGCAGGAGCAGGCCACCGAAAAGGCGAAGAGUUCUAGAGACACCAAACGGCGAACCGUCCAGGUCGAAUACGUUGCCCCCCAGUCUCAAACGGUAAGAGGCGAACAGUUCACUGGUACGGAGCACGCUCACGUGGAGCCUUCUGGAGCCUUCGAACCGUCAUCACGGAGAGCGAGAUCAGGGAGCCGAGGUGGACCUGUCGAUAUGCCGGCAGGCACUUCCCAUCAAAAUAUGGCUGGAGAAUCCAGCGCACGAAUUGGAGACUACAAGGCGACCGCUGGUUCGGCGCCGGCCCCGGUAUCUGGGCAUUUGCCUCGCUCGACAUCAGAUACUGCAGCGCUUACGGGGCCGAUGCCGACAUCGGCCACUCAUGCUACGCGCCCCACGACUGGCGGGUCAAUGGCCUCGUUCAACGCGGGCCGUUUGCCAUCAAGGGGAUCGUAUGGGCAGCCUGUGGCACCAACUGUGGCAGCGACCAAUGCCCAGGGCCGGCUGGCACAGCCAAAAAGCCGGCAAUUCAGUAUCUCUGCUCCCAUGCCACAUGAUAGUUCACAGCAGUCGAUUGGCCAGCCCAGCACGCAGCACCUUCCACCCAAAUUCAAUACCACACCCCGGCAAGAGCCGCCCAAGGGUCACAAGAGAUCGAACACUGUGUCCAGUAUUGGCGAGAGGCUCUUUGGCCGGUCUGGAUCCAUCUUUGGCGGCCGCGGAGGGCAAGCCAGUGGCUCGCGACAGCGCAAUGGCAAGCGUUAUCCCCCCACUAGCAUGAAGGAGCCGUACGGAGGAGACGAUACGCGGAUGUCGAUGGACUCACGACGCUCGAUGCAAUAUGGCUAUAAUCGCAAGGCGAGCGAAACUGGUGUCGAAAACCGACCCCGGAGGUUCUCGCUUCUUCCGCCAUCUUUCUCGUUGAAAGGCUUCUCCUCCAGCCGAUCACAAACCCCGGACGAAGAAUCGCAAACGGAUCGUUCCACCGAGAAUCGCCUAGAGCAACCCCCGUCUUCUGGUGCAAUUCGAUCGCGUGCGCGUGCUACCAGUUACGGAACGCAGGAUGCGAUCGCCAUGGCGACGGACGGUGCACCAGGGGACGAGAUCCUCACUCAGGAUGAGCCCAUUAAUUAUCAGGCCCGGAUUGACCAGCAGUUUGCGAUCUUGCAUUCUAACCAGUCUGGCCUAUACCAGCCCACUUCGUACAGUGCAGCAUCAGCGGAGCAGGUUUACCCGAAUGAAAAUGACCACUAUUACCGAAACCAAAGCGCCAACCACUCAACGCCUAACUACUACGAUGAUUCCACUGGGACCUUCGAUAAAGGAUCUCAACCGUCAAUGCAGGCGGGUCGACCCGGACGGGGUCCGGGCGUCUUGCCCAAGAACCAUCGCAAGUUUGCUGACGCGUAUGAGUACGAGCGCGAUUUGGCCCACCGCCCCGGUAGCUCUGGCGCAGCCAGAAAAGUGAUGGACUUCUUCCGUCGCCGAGCCAAGUCCCGGGCCGGGGAUGACCGGUAG